UUCAUCCAGUUUCAUCCUACCGUCGCUGUUGGUCGGCGGCUCUUUUUUGUGAUCAGACGAGAACGAGAGGGCAGUGCGGUUCGGUGCGGCUAACGCCCGUGUUCGAAGGUUUCGUGCUGUCGUUUCUUCGCGUACGAGCCAGACAAGGAUACGCCGACGAAGGUAGAAACGUGAAACGGGACGCGUUACGAGUUCCGACACAUUUCGAGUCGUUACAUAAAAAAAUAAGUCGGGUAAUCGCUGGUAUUUUUCCCGCCGAAUUUUCGCAAACUGGCGCCAGUAGCGGUCCCGAGGUAGUGUCGAAACAACCACAGCGAUCGGUCGGAUGUGUCACUAAGUGUAUGUGUGUACGUGGUAUGUGUGUGGUGCGUGAGGCGCGCGUAUAUGCAUGUGUAUACAUCACGCACGUGUAAUACGGACUCGUCGCUUCGCUGUGUAUACAUACGCGCGUGCGUGCGUGCGCGUGCAUGCGAGUGCGCUUCGUGCGUGCGUUACAUACGUGCCGCUUUCGCAGUCGGUGUCUCGAAAACCGGAGGAGUGCACGGAGAUCACGCGCGUGUACCCGCUGCGAAUUAGCAGCCCCCGAGUGUGCGCGUGAGUGGUAGUGAGCCUAGGGGAGAGAAGAGGAGAGGAGAGGAGAGGAGAGGAGAGGAGAGGAGAGGAGAGCGUGGCCGAGAAGAAAGAGGACAUAAAGAUGAGCAAGACGUGUGCCCGCUGUGAGAAGACGGUCUACCCGAUCGAGGAGCUCAAGUGUCUCGACAAGAUAUGGCACAAGCAAUGUUUCAAGUGUCAGGGUUGCGGUAUGACCCUGAACAUGCGGACGUACAAGGGUUUCAACAAACAGCCGUAUUGCGAGGCGUGCGAGAUGUCAGAACGGGCACUUGUUCUUUUUUUUUUCUUUUUUUUUCACAUUCAUGAUACAUUCAUACCGUUCGUCGUGGGCAGAUCGCAUUGCUUCUUGUCGAAGGCUGUCGCUAGCGCUUUUUCGUGCAUUGUUGAUAUAGAGUACGUAGAGUACACAGACGGCACGAUCGCACCUGCAUCGAGCAUAAACGCCAAUCCGCCGCCUGCAAGGACGGCGAAUUCGCCGGUGCAGAGGACACCAGGUAGGAUCGCCGAUUACGAUCCCCUUAGCGAAGCGAGGCCGAGUCCCUAUUCCGCAAGGCAAACCGCCACCACUGUCAUUUAUACGAGCGACAAGGGACCAGUGACGAAUCCACCGACACGAAAAAUCGGCUCGGUUGCUGACAUCGACCCGGUGAAUGAAUAUUAUGGAUCGUUAACGCCAGCUAUGACGAUAAAUAAUAAUCAACAUCAACAUCAACCUCAACAUCAAUCACCGCCACCGCCUUCCAAUGUUGGAAGAGUGUACAGAGCGAUGUAUGACUACGAGGCACAAGAUCUCGACGAAGUGAGCUUCUGUGACGGCGAUCUGAUCGUCAAUUGCACGGCCGUUGAUGAGGGCUGGAUGACAGGACUGGUGCAGCGUACGGGACGACACGGCAUGCUACCUGCUAAUUACGUCGAACCGGCGCAGAUUUAAAUUUAUUUUUUUUGAGCUUCCAUUCACUAACUAUUGUCAUCACUUCGAUCAAAGCGCUUAAUUACGACGCUUUGCCGAACGAAGACGCGGCGUUGAAAGGAAAAUUACGUGAUACAAUACUCGAAAUAGCACUUCUACUCGAUUCUUAUUAUAGUUGUGAAGUGAUUUGUUUGAACGAAGCGGCGAAACUGUCUUCUUAGAAAAUUAAAUAUUUUAACCAUUCAUGAAGAAUUCUUGAUACGAAUUGAUAUCAAUUUGAUCAUUUUUAUCUAGAUAUUAAUUCAUCCAUGACGUCUGUUUGGAUUAAGUUGAGUACUUCGUAUAUUUUCGAAACAUUGAUAAAAA